UAAUUAUGACUAAAUACGGCUUGAGUGGGAAGAAGGAGGGGCAGCAGUGGGAGACCAACCACAUCAAGGAAGGCUUCGCGCAGGAUGGCCUUGGUGACCCCCGGCUGGAGAAACUCUGGAACAAGGCCAGAAGCUCCGGGAAGUUCUCGGAUGAGGAACUGGAGAAGCUGUGGAGGGAAUUCCAGCACCACAAAGAGAAAAUCCACGAAUACAACAUCCUGCUGGAGACCAUGAGCCGGACAGAAGAUGUCCACAAAAACACGAUCGACCAGCCGCUGGAGGAAGAGAGCGCAGCCUGGAAGGAGCUGCUGCAUCGCAAACACUCGGAGCUCAAGGAGCAGCUGCACAGCAUCAACCAGGGGUUCGAGCGCCUGCGCAAAGUCAGCCACCAGGGCUACGAUUCUGCCAGCGAAUUCGAGGAGCCCCGUGUGAUGGACUUGUGGGAUUUGGCUCAGUCAACUAACUUCACAGAGAAAGAGCUCGAAUCACUUCGG